AGCGGCGGCCGGCGAUGGGGGAGUACGCGGUGGCCAAGACGUCGGUGUGGUGGGACAUCGAGAAUUGCUGCGUCCCCCGCAGCUGCGACCCGCAGCUCAUCGUCCAGAACAUGAGCUCCGCGCUCGCCGCCGCCGGCUACAGGGGCCCCAUCUCCGUCUCCGCCUACGGGGACACCCACCAGAUCCCCCACAACGUGCAGCACGCCCUCUCCAGCACCGGCGUCUCGCUCAACCACGUCCCCGCCGGCAUUAAAGAUGCAAGCGAUAAGAAGAUCUUGGUUGACAUGCUGUUCUGGGCUAUUGACAAUCCUCCACCAGCAAAUUAUCUGCUUAUCUCUGGUGACCGGGACUUCUCUAACGCCAUUCAUAAGCUUAAAAUGAGGCGAUACAAUAUUUUAUUGGCACAACCUCAAAGUGUAUCUCAAACCCUUACUGCUGCAGCAAAUAAUGUUUGGCUCUGGAGAAGCCUUGUGGCUGGAGAACCACCAUUAGCAGAGUCACCAUACAUAAGCAGCACGUCAAGUGGCAAUAAGGAUGAUUUGGAUACUUCAAAGAACAUAAUUUCAAGUUCUUCAGACAUGACUCAAGAUACCAAUUCUGCAGUGCAGAAUAUUUUGUGUGAUCAUCAAAGUGGUGCUAACAGCAAUGCAGAUAAGAAAUAUGAAGUUAAGCAUCCUCGAGAAGUGCAGACAGGCAAGUCCAAACCAACAAGGAGAUUACCGAAGAAGAGGAGUAACCCUGGUGGAAGCGGGUUUACUAAGCAAACUGUUUCCAAGAAGUCCAAGGGAGGUAUUGAUAGCACAGAACAGUCCAAGUUCAAGCAACCAAGGAUAGGACAAGUAAAAGCAGUCCCUGGGCAGCCCUUGAUCUGCUAUAGGUGUGGUGAGGGACACCGUGCUGCAGACUGCACUUUUGACGGUGACUGCUGCCGUUGUGGCAAACCUGGCCACAAGGACCGAGUGUGCAAAGAGAAUCCUGACAGCAUUGUCAAGUGGAUGCCUGCGCAUGCACAAGACUUGGCCACAUCCUCUCCGGGGUCUGUCCAUGUAAUGAACUCUGCUUCUCAAUUGCACCCAACUUGCUCAUCACCCUUGGAAUGCUCCCAGCAGGUGUCCCCUGGUGUUCCAUCUCCAUCUCCAGUUCCUCCCAUGGCUCCUGCACCGCCAAAGAUGGGUGGGGGACCUUCUUCUGUCCCAGCUCAUUCUGGAGUCUGCGCCAAGCCAACAGCUGUGCAAGUGGGUAGGGGAGGCAUGGCGCAACAAACCACAUCCGUGCCUCAUCCUCCUAUGGCGGUUCCAGCUUACCGACCAAGCCAAGGGCAGGGCAUGCUCUGCUUCAAGUGCGGUGUUGUUGGACACUGUGCUGCUCAGUGCACGUAUAUCGGUUCCUGCCGCCGUUGUCACCAAGCAGGCCACAUGGAGAGAGUGUGCAAAGAGAACCCUGAUAGCAUCAUCAAGUGGGAGCAAUUGCAUGCAUACGCCUUAGCUAUGUCCUCGCAGGGGUCCGUCCACAUGACCGCUCCCGCUUCUCAGUUGCACCAAACUUGGACACCACCCCUGGGGUGCUUCUUGCAGGCGAAUCCUGCUGUGCCAGCUCCAUCUCCAACUCCUGCGACUCCUGCACCGCCACACAGGGGUGUCACAGAUUCUUCUACCCCAGCUCGGCCUGGAGUCUCUGCCACGCCGACUGCUGUGUCGUUGGGUAAACCAGACGUAGUGCCACAACCGACAUCUUCAGCCCUUCGUCCUCCUACGGCUGGUCUAGCUUACCGACCAGUCCUGGGACAACAUCAUCAAGUAGGUAGCUCUCAGCUGCUUCCAGCUUGGACACAGCACCCAGGGUACUUCUGGCAAGCGGCCCCUGUUGUGCCGUCUCCACUGCCGGCUCCCCCCGUGACUCCCAUGCUGCCACAACCAGGCGUUGCAGCUUCUCCUAGGCCAGCUCACUAUGGAGCCUACCCCAUGCCCUUCCCCUUCCCCUUCGGCAGGCCAUGGUGAGAAGUAUACUCCCAGUUGAUCCUUUGUAUGCUCUUUGCUUCAGCCAGGCAAGAGGGGAAAGAGAGAAGGAGGGAUAUGAGGAAAAAGGGGUGGAGGAGGUUUUCACUAGCUGUCCAGCACCCACCGCCUACAUCUUCACUGGGUCUGAUGAGAAGCAAGGUGAUGACACGGAGCCGUCAAUUUGCUUGAAGGGGCGUGCAAGCGUGGCUGAGUUGGGUGGUGGUGGAGACGGAGUUGUAGCCCCGGGGAUAAUUUAAGAGCAGGGAAUGGCAACAUAGGAGAGGAGGGGAGAGAUAAGGUAAAGGUGCAUGAACCUCCAAGCAAAUCAUACAUGGUCACAAGACAAAGAUAUACAUUAGAUGAUAUACCAAAAAAAAAACAAUGUGCUCAAAUAGUGUUUGUUUAUUUACUCCCUAGGUCUUCAUCUACAGGCAUCACUGUUGUUGAUGAUGUAAAUUUGACCAUCAAUUUGGCUAGUAAUACAUGAGAUAAGUGUCAUAAAAAUCAUACUAUUAGGACUUUUUCUAUCAUGAAUUAAAUGAUAUAGUUCUUUUAGUAUAU